UGGUGAUCCCGGAUGAAUACCUGAAAAUGGCAUUCGAUGUACUCAAAGCCGAUGGACACAAAGAGGAUCCCAACCGAGUUACGGGCUUUGACUGGCGAGUUCCGCCCAGCCGAAAUCCACAUGGCUUAUACGUGGCCCGUCCAUUGUCUUUCUACCAAAAGGUCACUCCCCGAUUACUUCGCCAUCGGUCUGCUACGGAAAUCUCAGUGGCUCCGCAACUUCCCCGACCCCCCCGUUGGCCGCCCCAGUAAAGACGACCCGAUUUUCAUGGAAAACCACCAUCUCCCCCUUGCCAACUGUGAUGGUUUCGGGUAUGCUAAGGAUUUCUACCCGGUCAAGAUCCUCAAGCCUGUUCCGUGGGUGCAGUCGAUAAUCCUGCAAGAGGUGCGUGAUUUACCUGCCAAAAAGUACAAGUUCAGGAGCAACACUUGGCCCUGGCUCUGCAUCCUCCAGGAAUUCCAUCGGGACUCUGCUAGGUCGCUUCCCCCGGAAUUGUUCAGUCCUCGCCUCCUCCCACAGCCUCUUGCUACAAUCUAUGACCGUUUGACGAUCGUCGAUCAACAGGAAGAUUGUCAACGGGAGCUGAAAGCCUUACUCUAUCUGUUAUGGGAAGACAUGCGGGCGAAAGGCACUCUGAUGGACCCCAUAUUAUCGGGAGUUGAUCCAGACUUCGAGGGAGAACUAGAAUAUCAAAAGCAGAUGAGGGGCCUCUCAGGUGAAGAAAUCGAUGCGCGGUCUAGGCGAGUGGAGUAGAGGCUCGGAAGGGGGGGAUUUUAUUUGUAGC